AUGUCUCGUCUCGACCAUCACGAUUAUGAUUGCCCUCCAGGACUGGGUUAUACUCGUACAAUCGCUAACUCAGAUCGCGACCACUUGAGCAAUUACCACCAUUCUGUCUCGUCGACCUCGCAGAAUAAUGCAUCGGGCCAGCAAGACAGACGCAUGUCCUAUGGAAUGGGAUUCUCCUCGUUCUCACCCGCACACUCGGCACUACCCCGAUCGAUUGGAAUACAGGAGAAGGAAUACGGCGGUUUACCAGACGGUUGGCCAGCUGCAACAAACAGACACACACCCGCCAACUCGGGCCCUCAAAUUCAACAUUUUUCGUCUUCCAACCACCAUCGCCCCUCUCCUCCUCCCCCCCACAACGGUACCACCGUCAACGUCGCUAAUCCCCCUUACUACAACCCUUCCGACGUCGAGCGCGAGAACUAUUUCUUCCGCCAGGUGCUUCAACCCCCUACAUCUAAUCAGUUCUCUGCAUCGACUGCGCACACCCCGCCGGUGAACACUAAUUCAAACGCGUUACGCUCUACUUUGUGGUGGGGCGAUUUGGAACCUUGGAUGGACGAAGAAUAUGCUAAACAAGUUUGCGGCCUCAUGGGUUGGGAUCCGGUCAAUAUCAAAGUCCCGAGUCCUGGCCCUGAUCCUGCUAGCGGCCAACAGGCCAACAAUCCUGGUUAUUGCUUUCUGACGUUCCCUUCACCUUCCCUUGCACAGUCCGUUCUUGCACAAGUCGCUAAUAAUGGCAGCGGGCAGCCAGUCACUAUGCCAAACUCAAGCAAACCGUUUGUUCUAAACUGGGCAUCGUCCGUUCCUAACACGCCCAUGUCGUCGUCAUUCCCUGCAGCUAAUGUAGUUAUGUCAAGCGCCCAGCAACAAUAUCCUAGGGAGUACAGCAUAUUUGUUGGCGAUCUAGCCCCUGAAACGUCCAAUUCUGACUUGGUCGCUGUGUUUCGUAACCCCGUGCUGGGGCUUCGGAACGAUAGAGAGCCCAAGUUCAUCCGUCCAUUCUUAAGCUGCAAGAGCGCCAAGAUAAUGUUGGACCCCGUGACCGGUGUAUCAAGAGGAUAUGGAUUUGUCAGGUUCACAGAAGAAGCGGAUCAACAGCGCGCCUUGAUUGAAAUGCAUGGACUUUAUUGUCUAUCUCGUCCAAUGCGCAUAUCCCCCGCUACAGCGAAAUUCAAGCCACCGCCCAGUGCUCCAACGUUGGAUCUUCCACAAUAUCAGUACUCUGGUUCCCAUGCUCCUGAGCAGCUCCCAAAUCCUGUCACUAUUGCUCUCCCAUUACCCAAUGGAACCCAGGCAAAGAGCGUUUCUGCCCCUAUAGCGGCAGCUUCGACUUCAGGAAGCUCGUCUUCUGGCAGUAACACCACGCCUGUCGCUUCUGGUUCUGCAUCAUCCCUGGCCGGUUCGGGCUCGAUCCCUUCCCUUAGCUCCGGUUCGAGUGGCAGCAUAUCUUCAAACACACUUGCAUCAACGUCGUCUGAUGAAAUGCUCAAUAUUCCGCCCAGCGUCCUUGCACAAGCUGCGCAGCAGUACUCGAGUACCAAUGCUGCUAUCAAGGUCGGAGGUGUUACAACAAACCCAGCAGGCGCGACAUUUGCGCCUGAUGGACAAGAUCAGAACGGUGCACCUCGGUACAUGAUCUCAGAGGAAUCUUGGAAACACCACGCACAGGCACGCGCUAUCCUUGGCAAUUUGAUUGGACCUAACGGGGAGCAAUUGACAUCAACGGAUCCGUACAAUACUACUGUGUUUGUUGGAGGUCUCUCGCCGCUUAUAUCCGAAGAGACUUUGAGGACUUUCUUUGCGCCUUUCGGUGACAUCCAUUAUGUGAAAGUCCCUGUUGGAAAGCACUGUGGUUUUGUGCAGUUCGUACGCAAGGCCGAUGCUGAACGGGCUAUCGAGAAGAUGCAAGGUUUCCCGAUUGGUGGAAGUCGAAUCCGACUGAGCUGGGGCAGGAGUCAAUACAAGGCUGCUCAAGCUGCAGCCCAAGCCGCUCAAGCUGCGGCUGUCCAAGCGCAGUUCCAGGCACAAAUAGCUGCAACGCCUCUUUCUCAGAUGACUCCUGAUCAGGCCUUGCAAUUAUUGCAGAAACUAGGCUUAAGUGGAGCUCCCCCUCAGCAUCCUAACGAGACCAACAAUGGCGGCUACUCUGACCUCAAUAUCAGCAAUGUCGUCUCUGACGAAAAGUUGCGAUCGCUCUUUAUGACCUCGCAGCAAACUGAUAGUGCCAGUGCGCAAUUGUAUGACGUGUAUUCCAGCGCAUUCGGUGGCCGUCCUUCCUCGAAUGGAAACACAUCCGAGCAACAUCCCCAGAGUCGCACCCAGGCUUUAUCGAGCUUCUCCCCAUUCUCGCCAGACCCCAACCUGUAUGCAACUGAAGACAGAAGAAAUUCUGAAUCGUACUUGCGGUCCGAUCUUCUUUCUAAGAAUUUCGCCUCCGCAUAUGGAUCAUUAGUCGCACAGGGGAUCGACAUGAAGGCACAGAAUGUGAUUGGAAAUGACAAGACAGUCGGAUCCUCUAGCGGAUCGCAACGCUAUGGGGCAUUCCUUGACAAUUCUGUUAGGUCAUUCGAGGCCAGCCGUGCUGCUCGCCAGGAACCUAUCUCUCGACCCAACUCGAGCCAAACGUCAUCACAAGGACGUUCUAGUCACUACGACUCGCAGGAAGAGCACGAUUCCAUUCACGAUCUCAAUGGGACACUAGCCAGCCUUGAUCUGGAUCAGCAUGGACCAUGGAAGUCAUCUAAAGAGGGCGCAGACAAUGGCGCGGGCAAGAUGACCGCGACGAGAUCCUCCUCUUAGGCGUGCAUCGUUGUCUCAUCAACAAAUGCUCGAACUUCUUCGGACCGUUAUGUUUUAUAUUUUUCUCUUUCCAUUUUGAGGUUUUUGCCUUUGAUUCCCCCCUUUUUUUUGUGUGUCGCUGUCUUAAUUAUUCUUUGCCGCCCAAUACGACGGCGAAAACUUCCGUCUCAUGAAUCACACACUCUAGUAUUACUGGAUUAUCUCUCGGGCUUUGACGUUCUUGAUUUAUCAGUUACCCCUUGCUCUCGACAUGUGCGUUCCUAUAUAACGUUUUGUCCUGUCUUUUUAUUUUAUUAUCUUUCCUUUUUCUGCUUGUUUUGUCAUCCUUUUACAUGUGAAACCUCUUUUUUUUUCGUGCCUGUCAGAACUUGGUUCAGAGUCUGCAUCAUAUCGCAUAAUGUUUGUUACCAUCGGUCGUCUUUCUGUCCUCCCUCCAAUCUCGAUACUACUAUAGUAUUACCUAUCUGAGUCUUUACUUAUUUGUUUUCCUUUUUACGUCGUCAUGUCAACAUCGCAAUCGAAAAUUGUAUGAUUUGAAAGAAUUUGUAAAACUUUUGGAUUACUGUGUUUUUUUCAUUUGAGCUCGUAGCUCGAUUGAUUU